AAACUGAAGUGGAAAGGCUUAACAAAAGUAACAAGGAUUCAGAACGAUAUAGAGACAGAGAAAGAGAAAGAGAAAGAGAAAGGGAUAAUAGAGACAGGAGAGAGAGGGAAAGGAGGGAUUUUGAGAGAGAUAGUAGAAGUAGAAGAAACUAUGAUUACAAUGAUAGGAACAAUGAUUACAAACAUCAUAGACCUGAAGAAACAGACUACAGAGAUAGAACUAGGAAAUAUGAUGGACAAAAGGGUGAAAGUCACAAAGGUGCAUCUUCAGAUGUAG